AUGGCACGACCCAAACAGGGAGACACCGGGAAAAGACCUGCUAAGAGAAUAAGAACCCUUGAUUCCUUUCAAACGGUCAAAUCUGGCUCUUCUAAUGAAAAUGCUGCAGCAUUGGCCGUGCUCAACUCAGAGGAGCACGUCAAAAGAUCAAGACCAAGGCGGGAUGCAUCCAAGAAGGCUUCAAUAUCCAUAGGCGAAUCAAUUGACCCAACAGUGGGAUCAGACGAUGAAGGAGACGAGUUUGUGCCAGAGAAAGAGGUUGACCUCGAAGACAUUGAUAGCGGGGAAGGAGAAGAACAAGAACAAGAAGAAGAAGAGGAAAAAGAAGUAGAGGAGCAAGGGAAGCAUCUUGAGCAAGAGCUGCAAGACACAGACCUUGGUGAUUUGCAAGAAAAGAAGACAUCAAAACAGGCUUCUUCACGAAAAAAUAAAGCAGACUCUUCCAAGAAACCAGGUUUGAAAAAAAGAGGUCGAAAACCAAAACUAUCCACGCCGCAGAAUAAUGACAAACUGAAGUCUCCGACUCCUGCAUCGAAGCUGGAUAAUAAAAGACGUGUGAUUCGAGCUUUGAAAGACCUCACGUCUGCUAGGGACAAAAUAGAACGAAUCUAUGGGUUGAAUAAUCAGAAAUUGUUAGGGCUCGCCAAGGUCAAAGAGGGCUUCGAAACCGGCCCGUUUGAUUUUGACCUCGAAACAAUACAGCGUCAUUCUAAAUAUUUUGUCGAUUUUCCUUCGCCAAGCACCGUCACAACAGGUAACGCACUAAGUGUACCGCUAGAAAAGAGUGAUUAUCGUGUUGUAAAUGAAUCCGAACUGCACCAACUUUUCCCCCUCAGUGACGAAGAGAUUCUUCUGCAAAUUUCCGAUCUUGAUACACACAUCACAAGUGGUCAAAGUAUCGAGUUUCCAAUCUUUCCCUGCGGAAAACGUAAGGGUUUUGUUUAUUGCAUGGGCGGGCUUAUCACAGACAUGGCGUGGCUUCCACGCGAUGACCUCGACCGGCUUUAUUUAGCCGUCUCCGUGUCCAACCGAUUAGGGGAUCCAGUACACGAAGAUCUGAGAUGCUGGGGUGAGGAGAGCCAUACCUCCUGCAUCAUGAUCUUUGCAUUGGAUGCAACCUCUUUGGUGUUUGAGAAACGUCAAACCAUCAUUCACAAUUUUGGUGAAACUUGGGACCUUAAAUGGCAUUCCGGAUUUCAAGACGACAGCGCUUUGGGCUUACUAGGAGCCUGCUGCCAAGAUGGCUCUGUCAAAUUCAUAAAGAUCGAUAAAACGACAGAUCAUGAGAUAAAGGUCUACGAGAGCGCGGACUUGAGUGUAAGAUUACCCCAAACGCCCAUCUCUUGCUUCGAUUUCACUUCUUCGAUAACCAUAGUGUGUGGAUUUCAGAACGGCCACGUUGCAGAGUUUGAGUUGGGUUCGAAUGUGCCAUCGUACUACUACCAAAUUCACGAUUCGUACGUCAUAUCAAUCGUCGUGGCCUACUCCGAAUUCGAAGACAACGUGGUGACCACAACAUCGAUAGACGGUUUCAUCUACAUUUUCAAUCCCAAAAGCAUUCACACAACGAAAAGCUCUUUAGGGCGCGUUCGCGGAGGAAACACCAUAAUUGCCACUUAUUGCCCUACAGUGUAUGGCGUUGUUCACACAGACGGAGCAAACUCAGUCAAGGCGUACUCACCCAAGGCCGCUUUUGCCUCGCAUCAAAUUUGUCAACAUGAAAACACUGUGAGCACGCUAGCGACCUCAAAACUCCACCCGUUCCUGCUUUCGGGCUCUGCUGAUGGGAGUCUAAUGAUCAACAAUCUAGCUAGAAGAUUUUUGACAGGCAUCAAAAAUAAUUCAACUGUACACAAGUACUUAAAGCUGUGGGAGUGGAACUACAGUGCCAAGGACAAAAAAUACCAAUUAGAUCCAAACUAUGAAGUUUUCAAUUUCAGCGUGAACGAAGUCUCGAAAGCUAGAGUUGGUCCCCCCGGGGUGAACAUCGCAAGCGUAAAAUGGAACGAAACAUGCAAAGGUGGAAAGUUUUACGCCUUCGCAAACAGUGCGGGCUUACUCGUUAUUGAAGAGUUGGGAAGCUGA